CACAGGCUGUGCCAGGACGGUGGUCGAAGGGCGUGAGCCCCAGCGGGGCCAAAGCGUGCAGCAUUUCUGAUCAAGUGAAGUUUUCUGCCUUAGGGUGAUAAUGCAGGAGUGCUGGUUAGUGAGGCAGGAUGACUGGAACCAACGAAUCAAGCUUCCACACAUAGAAAUGGUCAUUUUGGGACGAAUCCCAGAGACCCAGAUUACUGACCAGAAGUGUUCUCGGCAACAAGUAUAUCUGAAAGCAGACUGCAAGAAGGGGUAUGUUAAAGUGAAGCAGAUGGGAGUCAACCCAACCAGUAUCGACUCAGUAGUCAUCGGGAAGAACCGAGAGCUGAAGCUGAAACCCGGACAGACCCUGUGCAUGGAAUCUUUUGGGCAUUGGAGCCAGGGUCUGAAGACCUCUAUGCAGGAUCCAAAAAUGCAGGUCUACAAAGAUGAGAAGGUGGUCGUCAAGGACAAAUAUCCCAAGGCCUGCAACCACUGGCUAGUUUUACCGUGGAAGUCCAUUGCCAGUCUGAAGGCUGUUACCAGAGAGCAUCUUGAGCGGCUCAAGCAUAUGCAGACUGUAGGGAAGAAGCUGACAAAGGGCUGCGUCGACUCUGACCGUUUUCAAUUCAGAAUGGGUUACCAUGCUAUUCCCAGAAUGAGCCAUAUCCAUCUCCAUGUUAUCAGUCAGGAUUUUGAUUCUCCUUGGUUGAAGAGUAAAAAACACUGGAAUUCUUUCAAUACCAAAUAUUUCUUAGAAUCACAAGCCCAAUUUUAA